CGCCCCGUCCUUUCGGUCCCGGCGGUGACAGGGCUGAGCUAGCGGCGCCCGUCUCCAGCUCUCCGCGCCUCCACUGCACUCCGCUGUGCGCCCGCUGCACCGCCCGCCCCCCCACCAUGACGGAGCAGGCCAUCUCCUUCGCCAAGGACUUCCUGGCCGGAGGCAUUGCCGCCGCCAUCUCCAAGACGGCCGUGGCCCCGAUCGAGCGGGUCAAGCUGCUUCUGCAGGUGCAACAUGCCAGCAAGCAGAUCGCGGCGGACAAGCAGUACAAGGGCAUCGUAGACUGCAUCGUGCGCAUCCCCAAGGAGCAGGGCGUGCUGUCCUUCUGGAGGGGCAACCUGGCCAACGUCAUCCGCUACUUCCCCACGCAAGCCCUCAACUUCGCCUUCAAGGAUAAGUACAAGCAGAUCUUCCUGGGGGGCGUGGACAAGCACACGCAGUUCUGGCGGUAUUUUGCUGGCAAUCUGGCCUCUGGUGGGGCGGCGGGAGCCACCUCUCUCUGCUUCGUCUACCCCCUGGAUUUCGCCCGAACCCGCCUGGCGGCGGACGUGGGCAAAUCGGCCACGGAGCGGGAGUUCAAAGGCUUGGGCGACUGCCUGGUCAAGAUCACCAAGUCCGACGGCAUCCGGGGCCUGUACCAGGGCUUCAACGUGUCUGUGCAGGGUAUCAUCAUUUACCGGGCAGCCUACUUCGGCGUGUACGACACGGCCAAAGGCAUGCUCCCCGACCCCAAGAACACCCACAUCGUGGUGAGCUGGAUGAUUGCGCAGACCGUGACCGCUGUGGCCGGCGUCGUCUCCUACCCCUUCGACACCGUGCGGAGGCGAAUGAUGAUGCAGUCGGGGCGCAAAGGAGCCGACAUCAUGUACAAGGGCACUGUCGACUGCUGGCGGAAGAUCUUGAAGGACGAAGGAGGCAAAGCCUUCUUCAAGGGUGCGUGGUCCAACGUGCUCCGGGGCAUGGGGGGUGCCUUUGUGCUGGUCCUGUACGACGAGCUGAAGAAGGUCAUCUAGGCGUCCGCCUGCCUCAGGAGCCCCGGGCACCGCGUAGAACAUUUAACUCUUAAUGGACCAUUGACCUUUGAGAAAUUCCAGUGUCCUGUCCCGGCCAGCCCCUGAGUGGGGUGGGGAGGGGAGGCUGUGGGACGGGCUCAUUGUGAAAGCGACCAUUGCCUCCCCGAUUCCAUGCAUUGAUUUUGGGGGACGUAUCAUGCCGUCUCCAUGGGUCCACAGCUGAGGCAGCUGCGCUACAGAACCUACAGUCCAGGUGCUGGUGGGACCCAGUGUGUUUAAGUAUUUAUUUAAAGAAAUCAUGUCUCCCGUUUGUACUUAAGCACUAUCCUCUUUUGCACAGCCAAAUAUUUGCAAUUAUGUUCUAUGUCGGGCAUUCUGCUGCAGAAUAAAAACAGGACAGAGUUGU